UUUUUUUUUGGCAUAUAAGAGUGUGCUGCUACGAUACAAAGCAACAAUGAGAAACACACAAAGCAACAAAUCUUACUUUUAACCCCAAAACUUUUUAAAAAUGUGUGGAGGAGCUGUAAUUUCCGAUUACAUAACGCCGUCGGAGUCCGAUCAAGAGAAGAUUGGGAGAGGGAAGAAGUCUUCUUGGACAAUUAAGGCUGUCUUUGAUUGCUCAAUCAACGAUUUCAAGGGAGAUUUUGAAGAAAUUGAGUCGGACUUCUCUUCAACUCGUAAACGUGCAUCAUCAGGCUCAGCGUUACAGAGCAGUCGGUACAGAGGAACCAGGAGAAGACCUUGGGGGAGAUGGGCAGCUGAGAUUCGUGAUCCGAUCAAAGGAGUUCGAGUUUGGCUCGGUACUUUCAAUACAGCUGAAGACGCUGCUCGAGCUUAUGAUCUUGAAGCUAAGAGAAUCCGAGGAGCCAAAGCUAAGCUCAAUUUCCCAAACGAACCUUCUAAAAGACGCAAAGCGGAGGCUAAGACUGUGCAACUGAUACAAGAGAAGAAGAAGCAUGAGGCUGAUCUUGGAUUGGCGAUGGCUAGCUCAGUGCCUAGUAGUAGCCAUACAGAUUUCUUGUGGGAUGAGAAUAAUGCGGACACACUUCUGAUCGAUACACAAUGGCUCCAAGAUGUCAUCAUGGGGGAUGCGAAGAAAAAACAGGAACUAAAUGAUGGUGAAAAAGAAGGCAACGUUAAUGCUGUUCUGCUUUCGGAAGAGCUUCUAGCUUUCGAGAACCAGACCGAGUGUUUCUCGCAGAUUCCGUUUAUGGAGGGAACUUGUGAUUCCUUAACAUCUCUGAGUAGUCUCUUUGAUGGAGACAAUAACAUUAAUCUUUGGUCCUGAACGUCCCUUGAACAAAAGACAUGAGUUCUUGUUUUGUAUGCGUGUAGCACACUUGCCAAGGAAGAUUGAAUUAUCUUUCUUUCCUCUUGUCAAUAUAUCAAAUAAAUAAAAAGCCACUUUGAAUCGUACUA